UCGUGGUGAUUCGUUGGUUCAACGUGUAGCAGUUCAGUUCUUAGUGUCCGCGAUCGUCAUGGAUUCGUUUGUGUGUAAAAUAGUUAUCGUAAGAUCUGACGAAAAUAGAAUUUUGAAACCAAAAAAUUAUUUUCCGAAAACGACUAGAAUUAAUAAUAUAAAGAGGUGUCUUUUCGGUGUAGCUAAAAUCGAAGACACUGACAAAAUGUUGCAAGAACAAUACGACAUCGAUAGGAAAAGAUUCAGCGAAAGAUUUGGUAUAGAUUUGAAGAGGAUUGAAGAAAGUGAGAGGGAUAUUAACAACGAAAAUGUAAAUACGAACGAAACUCAAUCGAAGAAUAGCAAUAAUUCUGCGACUGGGAGGAAAAUUCUCAAGAGAAACAGAAGUGUUUUUAGGCAACAAAAUAAUCAAACAGUACUGACAGAUUUUUACCAGGCUAGGAAGACUGUGCAAUCUUUAGAAAAAUCUUCAAAGGCUGUCAAAGAGAAUUGAGUAAAUUUGUAUGGAAUUAUUGUAUAUAAUUUAUUUAAACACUGUAUAUUUAUAGUACAUUUUACAGCGCUUGAUCCCAAAGGUGUUAUUAGAUUUUAACAAGAUUUUUUGUGUAAUGAAAUGAUUAAUUUUUUACUAUUUGGAUUUGUCUUGUUAAAUGUAUAUUUCUGUAUUUAAUAUCUAUCAAAUAUUUUCAAAAUUUAUGAUUUUUUUAAUUUUUUUAUGCCUCUGUGGAAAGAACUUCUAGGAUUACAUCGAAAAUUGUUAGUCUAGUCUUUUUGUAUACUAUUGAUUGUACCUAUAUUUUGUAAAUAAGUA